UCGCUUUCCCUACGCUGUUGUGUUGAAUUGUAGCGACAUUCGCUUUUUUCUGCCCAAAAAAUACUGUGAAAAUAUUGAUAAAUUGAGACAAAUCUGUGGAUAUGGCUGGCGGAAAAGCAGGCAAGGAUUCUGGAAAAGCCAAAGCAAAGGCCGUUUCGCGUUCAGCUAGGGCUGGAUUGCAGUUCCCUGUGGGCAGAAUUCAUCGGCAUCUCAAGGAUCGCACCACAAGCCAUGGACGCGUGGGGGCCACAGCGGCCGUCUACUCAGCUGCCAUCCUUGAAUAUCUCACCGCUGAAGUACUGGAGUUGGCUGGUAAUGCAUCAAAAGAUCUUAAAGUGAAGCGUAUAACUCCCCGUCACUUGCAACUGGCCAUCCGUGGAGAUGAGGAAUUAGACAGCCUUAUUAAGGCCACAAUUGCGGGUGGUGGUGUCAUUCCACACAUCCACAAAUCGCUCAUUGGAAAGAAGGGUGGUCCGGAAUAACCGUAUCACUCCGGAAAUCCGAGCUCGUAAUCAUAAUUUCCAAAAACUCCAAUUAAAUAUAUCCAUCUUUCCACGACUUUAAUUGCCUUUUCUCUCCCUAAAAUAAAUUACUUGACCAAUUUUGCGUUCAUUAUCUUAUAAGUUCAGGAACCCUAGACAGAUGGAUCUUCAAUGCAGGAGUCCACAGAAUAUCUAUUUGUAAUGUCAAAUAUAUUCCGGACAAUUCUUUGACAG